AUGAGUCGAUUGUAUUGGUUUGUUUUUUACCUUUGCGUCGCUUUCUCUACGGGUGAGUUAUUAGGCCCCGAAAGUCGUAAAGUCAAAGGGCAGUUUGACGAUGAUGAAUCCGAUAGUUUAGAGAAGUCAGAUCCAAAUGCAAAAGUCGGUGUGGAAUAUCUCAAGAAACUUUCGGAUGCAGUACAAAAAGAAUUGGCAACUCUACAAAAUGCCGCCGAAGCUCUGAAAGACAGAAUAGAUAAAAAUGAAGAAGAAAUUGAAGACUCAGUAAACGAACUUCUUAAGAAACCCUCCAAAAUGUCUGAAAUGCGAAUGGAACACAUGAAGUAUGCACUUCAUCUUUUAAAAAAACAUACAUAUACACAUCAGGAUACUAAAGAUGAAGAGGGUGGUCUUCAGAAAUCACAGGAUGAAUCAAAAGAAAUUUUUGGUAAUUUACAAGAUCCAGUUACGGAAGUAGAACCUGAGCUAACACCGGACUUGAAGGAAGCUAAACAGAUAUAUGAUGCAGCUGUAGAAAAGUUGGACCGACGGCCCGCAGAUCUACGAGGCGCCACUAUGCAAGUUAAGCUAGCAGCUGAACGUGGCUACCACCCUGCCAAGAUUAGGCUUGCUUGGUCGUACAUCUUUGGGGAGGGAGUGGAACUAGACAUAGAAAAGGCUAAAGACAUUUUUGAGGCGUUAGCCAAUGAAGGGAUUGCUGACGCACAUGCUGGAAUGGGUUUCUUAUAUGCCACGGGCCUAGGAGUGACCGUGUCGCAAGCCCGCGCUUUGGUCCACUAUACGUUCGGCAUGUUGGGUGGCAGCGACUACGCUCAGAUGGCAUUGGCUUACCGUUACUGGGCCGGUGUGACCGUGCCCAGUUCAUGCCCCAAAGCAAUGGAGCUGUACAUGAAAGUCGCUACUAAAGUGGCCAGCAAGGUGAAGAUGAGCGGCGGCACGGCGGUGCACCGCGUGCGCCUGAUGGACGAGGCCGAGAGCAGCGGCGGAGCGCUGGACAGCGACCUCAUCGACUACUACCAGCUGCUGGCCGACAAGGGGGACGUGCAGGCGCAGGUGGGCCUCGGACAGUUGCAUUUUCAAGGUGGUCGAGGUGUUAACCUGGAUAUCAGCAAAGCACUGCAUUACUUCAAGCAGGCUGCCAAGACUGGAAACGCCGUUGCCAACGCUUUCUUAGGAAAGAUUUAUUUAGAAGGUGGUGACGGUGUUAAGCCAGAUAACGAAACAGCCCUCCACUACUUCAAGAAGGCGGCAGAGCUGAACAAUGCAGUGGGACAGAGCGGUCUCGGCAUCAUGUAUCUGCAGGGCCGCGGGGUGCCCAGGGACACGGCGGCCGCCCUCAAGUACUUCACCAUGGCCGCCAACCAGGGCUGGGUGGAGGGCCAGCUGCACCUCGGCCUUAUGUACUUCCGUGGCAUCGGCGUCCGGCGCGACUUCAAGCAGGCGAACAAGUUCUUCUCGCUGGCGUCGCAGUCUGGCCACGUGCUGGCCUUCUACCACCUGGCGCUGAUGCACGCGCAGGGCCUGGGCGUGCUGCGCUCCUGCUCCACGGCCGUCGAGCUGCUGAAGAACGUGUGUGAGAGGGGCAGCUGGAGCGGCCGCCUCAUGCUGGCGCACGCGGCGUGGCGCGCCAGCGACAUGGACUCCGCGCUGGCGCAGUACCUGGCGGUGGCCGAGCGAGGCUUCGAGUUGGCGCAGAGCAACGCCGCCUACCUCCUCGACAUCGGCGAGGCGCGGCUGUUCCCGUCGGAGCAGCGCUGGGCGCGCGCGCUGCAGCUGUGGGCGCGCGCGGCGGCGCAGGGCAGCGCGGGCGCGCGCGUCAAGCUGGGCGACUACCACUACUACGGGCUGGGCACGGCCGUCGACCUGGAGGCGGCGGCGUACCACUACCGCGUGGCCUCGGAGCAGCUGCACAGCGCGCAGGCCACCUUCAACCUGGGCUACAUGCACGAGCGCGGCCUGGGGCUGGCGCGCGACCCGCACCUGGCCAAGCGCUGCUACGACCUGGCGGCCGACACGGCGCCCGAGGCGCGCCUGCCCGCCGCGCUGGCGCUGGCGCGCCUGCACGCCGCCGCCGCCGCGCAGCGCCUGGCCGACGCGCUGCCCCGCGCGCCCCUCCGCCUGCCCCUCCAGCUGCCCCUGCAGCUGCCCGCCGACUGGGACGCCUGCCUCAUCGCGCUGCUCUCGCUGGCGCUGGGGCUGAUCGUGCUGCUGCGCCGGCCCCGGCCCAAC